AUGACGAUCCACGCGGCAGUAAUCCAGAAGCUUCUGAACACCGGCGCGCAUCUCGGCCGUCGCGCCGCCGAGCACCAUUUCAAGCAAUACGCCUACGGGACGCGCAACGGGAUGACCAUAAUCGACUCCGACAAAACCCUGAUCUGCCUCCGUAGCGCCGCCCAUUUCGUCGCGAACCUCGCGCACAUGCGAGGCAACAUCUUCUUCGUCAACACCAAUCCCCUCUUCGACGAGAUCAUCGAGCUCACUUCCCGUCGCAUCCAAGGCGAUUCUUAUAACCACAACCGCGCGAUGAAUCUGUGGAAGAUGGGUGGGUUUUUGACCAACAGCUACAGUCCUAAGAAGUUCCGAUCGAGGCACAAGAAGCUCUGCUUCGGCCCGACGACGAUGCCUGAUUGCGUCGUGGUGUUUGAUACGGAGAGGAAGAGCUCGGUGAUACUGGAGGCGUCGAAGCUUCAGAUUCCGGUUGUGGCGAUUGUGGAUCCGACUGUGCCGUUGGAGUUCUUUGAGAAGAUAACGUAUCCGGUGCCGGCUCGAGAUUCGGUCAAGUUUGUGUAUUUGUUCUGCAAUGUGAUCACCAAGUGCUUCGCAGCGGAGCAGAUGAAGAUGGGGAUUAAAGAUGGGAACAAGGAUGAUACGACCAAGGAUUUAGCUGCGUGA